GUGUGUGUGUGUGUGAGAGAGAGAGAAUAGUGUGUGUGUGUGUGUGUGUGUGUGAGAGAGAGAGAAUAGUGUGUGUGUGUGUGUGUGUGUGUGUGCGUCAGGCGGAAGCUCAAACUACUGCCGCUAGAACUUGGUGCACCACGUGACUUAUAAGAAAGUCAGUGAUGGGGUUUACUAUAAUGCCGCUCAGUCCGGAGAGCCGCUGACUGCGUGUGUGAUGAAACUCUCGCGCUGUGCGACUGGUCCUGCGCCUGAACUCGUCCUGCACCCUGCCAUGUCUGUGCACAGAGCUGCGGACUGCUGCGAGGCUCCUCUGCUGCGUUUCCACCGGAGAAGUGAGAGCGGGGAUGACGAUGAGAGAAGGCUGAAGAGAAGAGAGAAGAACCGUGUGGCUGCACAGAGGAGCCGCAAACGCCAGACACAGAGAGCUGACGAGCUGCAUGAGGCUUAUGAGUGCUUGGAGCAGCAAAACAGUUUGCUGAAGAAGGAGGUUCAGCUGCUACUUGAGGAACAGAGAUGCCUGGCAGAAGCUCUCAAACUACACGAGCCUCUGUGUCCUGUCCUGAACAGCAACAUUCUCCCAACCCCGAGAGCCACUGACGGAAUUCCUCCCUGAGUUCAUAUCUAAACCAGACAAUAGGUGUAAUUUCCUGGCUUCCUCGCGUGGGUGGACAUGUCAUUACCUGUGAUCAACGUCGUUCAGUGCAUUUCAGAAAUACCGCUUUCCUGCCGCUCAAACCUUUCAGACAAAGAAUGUCUUUCCAUUUUAUUUUUUUGGUCAUCAUAUUAAAACUGAUUAUUUAGUAGAUUACAUGGUCAACAGUACUUUCCAACGGAGUUGUUUACUUUUCCAUAAGAGUGUCAAAUCAGUGUUUAGCAGCAUGACACAUCAUACUUUGAUUUCAUUUUGACCCUGCAGGAAAUGAUGUCAUCAUUAUGUAGUUAAACAUGUCAGAUGAACUUUUCAUGUUGGUUCUGGUAGACCACUUAACCACCAACCCACUGUCUGGUACACCACUCCUCAGUUCAGCUAAUUUGGAGGAGUGCCAUGAGAAUGAACACUUCUGCUUUAGACGACACUCUGCUUCACCAAAAAUACCCUUCUAGGUUUCAGGAUUUCAUGCUGACUGUGAUGCAAUGAUGAUUAUGAAGCUGAAAUGAUAUGUACAUCUGCUCUUGACAGGAAUUUGUACAGGCAUUACACAUCACAUAGGAAUGUUUCUUCUUAUUUUCUGUCAUGUGUAUGUGUUUGUAUAUGUUUGAUUCGUGUUUUAUUUUGUAUAUAGAAUGUACACCUGAAUGUAUUUUAAUGUGAUGGAUCAACUGACCGUACAAAGAAGCAGCAAAACUACAAAAGUGGGUUCGCAUUAGCUUAGAUAUCGAUAUGUUGUUUAAAAAAUGUUCAACUUAAUAAAAAAUCCUGGAAAUA